CUUUGAUUAUUUAUGUGACCUUCGUUCGUUGAGAAUUACAUUGGGAGUCGUCACACUUUUCCAGCGGUCACCGGCAAGGAGAGUUAUUGCUGUGCAUUUUAUAUCGUCAUUGUGGGGAUUAUCGACAUUAUAAACGUGAAAAAUGGCUGAACCUAUAAAUGUUGUUGUGACCGGAGCAGCUGGUCAAAUUGCCUACUCAUUACUGUACCAGUUAGCUGCUGGUACAGUCUUUGGCCCAGAGCAGCCCAUCAACCUUAGGUUGCUUGAUAUUCCACCAAUGAUGGGUGUUUUGAAAGGAGUUGUUAUGGAGCUUGAAGAUCUUGCUCUUUCUCUUCUCAAGAAUAUUUUACCUACGGAUGAUCCAGAGGUAGCUUUCAAGGAUGCUGCAUCAGUGUUCUUGGUCGGAGCAAUGCCUCGUAAACAAGGAAUGGAGAGGAAAGAUCUAUUGGCAGCUAAUGUUAAGAUUUUCAAAGUUCAAGGAGAGGCAUUGGAUAAAUUUGCACGCAAGGAUGUUAAAGUUUUGGUUGUUGGUAACCCAGCCAACACUAAUGCCCUUAUUUGUUCUCACUAUGCUCCGUCCAUUCCAAAGAAAAACUUCACAGCAAUGACUAGGCUGGACCAGAACAGAGCUCAAGCAGCUUUGGCUUCUCGUUUGGGAGUUGGUGUUGAAAAAGUGGAAAAUGUGACUAUUUGGGGUAACCACAGUUCAACACAGUUUCCAGAUGCUACUCAUGCUACAGUGAAACUUAAUGGCUCAACAAAAUCUGUUCCCGAGGCUUUGAAUGAUGAUGAUUGGUUGAAUAAUGAAUUUGUAGAAACUAUUCAGAAGCGUGGAGCAGCCGUUAUUGCAGCGAGAACCAUGUCAUCUGCUAUGUCUGCUGCUAAAGCAGCAGGAGACCACAUGCGUGAUUGGUGGUUGGGUACUAAGCCUGGUUCAUGGGUUAGUAUGGGAAUUGUGUCUGAUGGUAGCUAUAACAUUCCUAAGGACAUAUGUUUUUCGUUCCCUGUUACAAUUCAGAACAAGGAAUACAAAAUUGUUCAGGGUUUGAAAAUCAGUGAGUUUGCUCUAUCUAAGAUUCAAAUAACCACGAAAGAAUUGGAGGAAGAACGAGCUGAAGCCAAUACCGUUCUUCAGCAGUGACUACAUGGGAGAGAGAAUGAUAAUUCUGGGCAAGAGACAAUAUCUAAAUUAUAAUUAAUCAUUGUAGCUUAUUGUUACUACUGUGAUUGAAUUAUUAAUUAUUAAUUUAAAUGAUGUUGUUUGAAUACUGUGUUGUGGGUAGGACACAUGCAAAUUAUUUUCGAUUUUAACCAACCAAAGUUGAUGUUAGACAUUUUCUUUAGUGAAAACACAUCGAUUUGGAAAUUGGGAAUAUUUAAGAAAUACAAAUAAAAGAAGCAUUGCUCUCAAA